UCAUGCGUGCUUGAGCGAAGGGCAGGCUCUGGGGCACCUCCAGCGAGCCCGUUCUCCUUCCUCCAGACGCGGGCCAUCUCCCUCACCACCACGAUACAUUUGUUCCUCGCAACCACCCGGCAGGGGUGUCAGAGGCAUUCGAACCCGUGCCCGCGCGCGCCCCCCCGGCUCCCGUUGCGCCGCGCCAGGCCCGCCCGAGCGGCGCGCGCUCCAGGAGCUCCGCAGGCGAUGCUGCUUGGGCCCGGGCCAUGUGCCCCCCGGAGAUCUUUCGCAACCUGGUCCGGAGGCGCCCGGGGGGGCUGCUGAAGGCGGCGGCAGGGGACGAGCGAAAGGGCGGCGGGCACCACGCCUGGCGGGCCCGCGUCUGUCCCUUCUCGGUGGGGAUGUCCCGAGGCGGCGGCGUGGCUUCCUCCUCGUCUGCCCAUGGCCGCAAGUCGGAGCAGCACCGCGGGGUCUUUUCCGAGGACCAGUUCCGGGCCAUCGGCCAGGAGCUGGCCAGCUCGGGCGGGCCCCCCGACGGGUCCUGGCAGCUCCUCAGCGACGCCGAAGGCGUCUGCAUCUACCGGCUGUACGACGAGAAAUCAGGGCUAUAUGAAUAUAAAAUCUACAGUAUACUUGCUGAUUGUUCCCCAGAGCUAUGUGCUGACGUUUAUAUGGACUUAAACUAUAGAACAAAAUGGGACCAAUAUGUUAAAGAACUAUGUGAGAAAACUCAGGAUGGCAAAACAGCUAUCUACUGGGAAGUGAAGUUCCCCUUCCCCUUGGCAAACAGAGAUUAUGUUUUUGUUCGUGAGCGUCAAGAUAUGGACCUUGAUGGGCAGAAGAUCUAUGUUGUAUUGGCUAAAAGCGUGAAUGCUGUUAAAUUCCCAGAAAAGCCUGGGAUUGUUAGAGUAAAGAAUUAUAAACAAGGUGUAGCCUUUGAAAGUGAUGGCAAGAAAGGGUGCAAAGUUUUCAUGUCCUAUUUUGAUGAUCCUGGUGGAAAGCUUCCUUCGUGGGUUGUCAACUGGGCAGCUAAGACUGGAGUUCCCAACUUCUUGAAAGACAUGCAGAAAGCUUGCCUCAGUUAUCAUAAGAGAUAAACUGCUCUUUCAAUUCAAUCUGAAGGACUGGUUUAAAGAUAUACUUUCCAAAGUUGGUCAUUGGUGUGGAUAAUAGUCAUGAGACAUCACUGAAUAACAGCUGCCUUCUGGGAUGGUAAUCAUGAGCCAUGGAAGC